AUGUCCUCCUUCUAUUGGCGGGACUUGCUAGCCAUCAACUCCAGUCACGCCACACACCUGUCGCCGCUUGCUUGCGUUGCCCACAUCGACGUCAAUGCCUUCUUCGCGCAGGUAGAGCAGGUUCGGUGCGGCUACGGCAAGGAUGACCCUGUGGUGUGCGUGCAGUGGUCCAGCGUGAUAGCGGUAUCGUACGCAUGCCGCAAAUAUGGCAUUACACGACUGGAUAGCGUUGCAGAGGCGAUGAAGAAGUGCCCAACACUGAUCCCGAUCCACACGGCGGUGUUCAAGAAGGGAGAGGACUUUUGGCAAUACCACGACGGCUACGGGCCCUGGAACACGGACCCAUCGCGCCAGCUGGACCCCGCCAUACACAAGGUAGCCCUGGACCCUUAUCGGCGCGAGAGUCGCAAGCUGCUAAAGAUGAUCCAGAAGCGCUGCCCCAUCGUGGAGAAAGCCAGCAUUGACGAGGUGUUCGUGGACCUCGGGCCGCAGUGCUUCGCGCAACUGCUGCUCGGGGAUGACGGCGCCGAGUUCCAGGAACUUCGGCGGCUGUUCGUGGAGGGCAGCUACAGCCUGGAUGAGCCCCUGCCGCCCCUGCCGCGCAGCGUGAAGUUGCAAUUUGCCGGCGAUGUCUACGGCGCGGACGCCGAGCGCACGUCCUUCUUGGACUGGGACGACGUCAUAAUGUGUCUGGGCAGCCGUCUGGCUCUGGCGCUGCGGCAGGAGGUCGAGGAUGCGCUGGGAUACACGACCUCGUGCGGCGUGUCGCGCACGAAGAGCGUCUCGAAGCUGGCGUCCAACUACCGCAAGCCGAACGCGCAGACCAUAGUCCGCAACGCCGCGGUGGAGACGUUUCUGGACCAGGGUGGAUUCGAGCUGCCGUCUUUCUGGACGCUGGGCGGCGCGAUCGGGAAGGAGCUGCUGGACCUGCUCGAGCUGCCGCCCGCGGGCAGCAUCCCCGCCCUGCGCGCACUGUGCCCUGAAUCGCCGGAGCAGCUGCACGCCUGCUUGCUGCGCCGCAUCCGCGACCGCCCGCUCCCCCACGACGCGGCCCCCUACCUGAUCGACGAACAGGCGGCCGAAGCGCUCGCGACGAAGCUGUUCUACCUCGUCCGCGGCACGCACUGCGUUCCGGUCAACCCGCGGCCCACGGUCUCGUCGAUGACCUCCCGCAAGAACAUGCGCGGCAACGCCUGCAAGAGCCUCGCAGACUGCCACCCGUGGCUCGAGGUCUUUAGCGCAGAGCUUGCCGGCCGCCUGCAGGACCUGCACCAGGAGUACGACCGCAUCUAUUUGCCGCGCACGCUGACCGUCGCGGCCCAGGGCCGCGCCCACCAACGCGUUAGCCGCAGCACCGGCCUUCACGCGCCCACCGCCAACGUCACCGCGCUAACGCUGCUCAAGGCCGGCGCCCGCCUCGUCAACGAGCUCGACGAGCGCUUCUGCGGCGCCGACAUGUACCCGCUGAGCGCCCUCUCCAUGAGCCUCGCCAACUUCGACGUCCUGCAACCCGGCAAGACCAUUGUGGACCUGCUCCCGCGCGCGCCCGCCACUCCGCCGUCCCCGCCCGCCCGCGCAGCCUCGCCCGCUUCGCUGCCCGCUGCGGCCGCCGCAGCCUGCCCGCAGUGCCGCGCUCCCCUUCCCUCGCAGCGCGCGCUCCAGGUCCACCUCGACGGUCAUCUCGCCCAGAAGCUGUCCGACAGCCUCAACGGCGUCUCCGACGCCUCCGCGCUCUCCUACGGCGAGCGCAGGCUACUCCUGCGCCCCAAGCACGGCGGCCCUGCGGCCCCGAAGAAACAGCGACGCACUACAAAAGACAUAGCAAGCUACUUUGGCCCUACCGGCCAGCCCUAA